GGAGGCCACUUAGCCAAAACCACACACACAAGGGGCAGUGGCAGAAUGGGGACUGGAACUGGCUCCCAUUCUGCACACUGUCCCUUGUUCUGCAUACUCACAACUAAUGGAAGCUUUUGACAUCCCUGUCCUACCUGAGGAACAGAGGCACCAUGCAGCCCCGGAUGCUCCUCAUCAUAGCCCUCCUGGCCCUCCUGGCCUCUGCCCGAGCCAGUGAGGUGGAGGAACCCAAGCUACUAGGCUCUGUGCAGGGCUAUAUGAAGCAGGCUGCUAAGACUGUUCACGACGCUCUAACCAGUGUGCAGAAGUCCGAGAUGGCCCAGCAGGCCAGGGACUGGGUGGACGAUGGCCUCAGCUCCCUGAAAGACUAUUGGAGCACCUUUACACACAAGUUCUCCGGGCUCUGGGAUUCCACCCCUGAGGUCAAAUCAACCCCAGCCCCCGAGGUUUGAGAUCUCCACCCUCCAAGUGUCCCUGCUGGUUCCCGGGGUCCCGCAGACUGUAGCCUAGAGGGUGGCCCCUGAAGGUCACUUGAAAGGAAAAGUUCUUGUGUCUCCAACCCUCCCCAGAACCUGGCCCAAACAUGCUGCCUCUUAAUAAAGCUGGAUGAGAAGCUGCUAUAAGUGCGGUAUGCCAUGUGCC